AUGGACUCCAAGCAGGACGGGCCGAUGACGCAGCAGCCCGGCGGCAUAGAGGAUGGCGAGGGCAGCAACCUCAACGACCUACCCGACCUCAUGGGUCAGUUUCCCGUUCUCAACGCCUAUACUCACAUAGCUUUUGGAUUUGAGCUUCCCUCCGAUGUCGACCGCAACGCUGUUGUAUCUGCUCUCCACACCGGCCUCGACCGACUGAUAGAGCAGAUCCCUUGGCUGGGAUAUCAGAUGGGCCGGAAAUCAGGGGUGCUCACGACAGUCCCCUGGCCCGAAGAUGUGCCUCGGGUCCUUUUGCAUGUUAAGCAUUGUGACGACACCGUCUUGCCCAUGGAGCAACUUCUUGCGACGGGGGUGCCCAUUAGCAAACUGGAUGGCAAAGUGUUGACCCCCUGGCCGGCACUUCCGCACCCACACGGGAUUACGGGUCCGGUCCCCGUCAUCACCCUCCAGGCCAACUUUGUGCGCGGCGGGCUCAUUCUCAACUUCAGUUCGCAUCAUACAGUAAUGGAUGGCACUGCCAACUUCCAAGUCCCCAAGAUGCUUGCCGCCGUGCUUAGCGGGGACACCAUCCCGGAAGCCGAGCUCCAACAGGCGAACCGUGACCGACGCGGCCUGAUCGAACUCAUCCCGCGCAGCGAGCCGCUGAAAGACUACUCCCAUCUGAGGCGUCCACCUGGCUAUCAGUUCGCGCUCCCUGCUAGCCCGCCGAUAUGGUGCAACUUCAAGAUGCCCGUGGCAUCCCUAUCCAAGCUCACCAAAUCCGCCCGCGAUCCAUCCCGACCGGUAACCGACGACGACGUACUCAUCGCCUUCUUCUGGCAGCGCCUGUGCGCAGCCCGCCUCGCUCGGGGAGUGGCCCCCGACACCGUCUCCAAGAUCUCGCGGGCCAUCGACGCACGCAUGGCGCUGGGAAUACCCGCCGCCUACCUCGGCGCACAGGUGCACAUGGCCAUCACGCGACUGCCAAUGGGCCAGGUUGCAUCCCUCACGCUCCUCCAAACCGCGCAGGUGCUGCGGCGGGAGCUGGCGCAGGCCAACACGGCGUGGGCGAUCCGCAGCCUGGCGACCUUUGUGGCGCGCGAGCCGGACCGCUCGCUGCUGCUGUACAACGGCACGCACAACGGCAACACCGACGUCGGCGCCACGUCGAGCUUGAAUACCAGCCAGGUCCGCCCGCCGAACUGGGGCCCGCUGCUUGGACAGUGCCGCUUCUUUCGCCGCUCUAUGGGACCGCCUAUUCCGGGGUCGUUUUCGGUCUAUUCCCCGGAUGGUGGGGUUAUUCUGAUGUGUACGUGCUUGCCGGCUGACGAUCUGGAGGCGUUGAAGAAGGAUGCGCCGUGGAAGCAGUAUACGAGGUGUGUUGGUUGAGCGGGUGCAAUGUGAGGGGGGCGGGUAGAUAUCAGCAACCACGUUCACUCCAUCAAGACUCUGUUUAUGCUCAUCUUUCUGUUUUGUUACUAUGAAAUAGGAUCUUGAAG